UCCUAGCAACGGUGAAUGUUUGCGGUGAGAAGGUUGCCAAGGACGAAGGUUUGCUGCGCGACCAAUAAAUAAACAAAUAAAUAAUAGCGCAGAAACUCUGUUAAAAGUCGUUAAAAGUGCAUGUAAGUGGCCGCUGACGGAGAUGAACCGAAUGGAGCUGCUAUCUGACCGCAUCGCAGCCGCUCAUCUGGACAGGAGAAGAAACCGAGAGCUGCAGAGACAAGAGCGCAUUUUCAACACCAAAGUCCGGACUAUAGGAAUUGAUGUAGAAGCUCUUCAGCAUCAGGUGCAGGAAAAGAGAGCUCAACAAGAAUCAGAGGCCAAAGCGCUGAAGGAAUAUGCUGAUGACCUCAUACGCACUGACUGUACAGCACGUCUCCUGGAGAGCAGGCAGAAGCAAGACGAACGUCUCCUAGCGGAGGCCAUCGACAACUUCCGCCAGCAGUUCCAGCAGCCCAGCAGCAGGCGCGAAUUCGACCUGAAUGACCCUGAAGCGCUGAAGAAGCAGGAAGGGGUGCGCAUUUUGCCUGGGUUGGUAGGCGAGGAUAUGGACAACUUAGAGAGGACACGGAGACAACAGGAGCAGCUGAGAGACUGGACCUUACAGCAGCAGCAGGAGCUGAACCAGGCGAAGGAGCUGCAAAGACUGCAAGCGCAGCAGUAUGAUCAAAGCACACUAAGCCUGGAUACCCGAGCCCUCGAGCUGCAGAAGAUGGAGGAAGAGUACAAGAGAGCCACCAACAUCAAAAUCCAGGACUUUAAUCGAGCUCUGGCGGACAAAUUGCGAGCGCAGAGAGAAAGAGAGCAUUGGAAGGAAGAGGAGAACAACCAAAGUGAUAACCUGAACCAUCUGCAGGGGGAGCUGCUGAGCGAGAGCAUACAGCAGAGCGCAAGAGUGCACAGGGACUGCUACAAAGGCAUAACACCCGAGCAGAUCCGAGAAUUCACCAACUGUCAGCGGCAGCAAGCUGAGGAGAAGAGGCGUGUUCUCAUGGAGCAGAGGAAGGAGCAGCUGCAGGAGGACCGCCUGCUCAUGGCUUCAGCUCGGGCCGCACUGCUGCAGGAGAGACAGCAAGCGAGAAUGAACAAGGAGCUGCGCAGGGCUGUGGAUGAGACUAACCUACAACUGGCCCAGGCUCAGCAUGCACAGAUUUUCUUGACGUCUUCUUGGUUUCAUCUGACUGCUGAAGCCAUGGUCCGCAAAGAGCUGACAAAGCCUGUACGGGGUCUCGCUCUCGAAAGAUAUCAAUCAUGAGAGAGGGUAUAAAAGAAUUUCCAGAACAUUAAAUAUACCAUGGAACACCGUGAAGGCCAUCAUCAAGUGGAGAAAAUGGAGCACCACAGUGACAUCACCAAGAACAGGAAGUUCCACCAAUGUUUACAAAUAGACAAGACAAAAACUUACUGAUUACUCGCUGCAUGUGACCACAACCUCUCGUAUUCUUCACAUGUCUGGGCCAUGGGGCAGGGUGGCUAGACGGAAACUUUUCUCAGA